UUCCAAGGUGCCUCUCUCUUCAAGGGAGGUUCCUUGACGCUGGUGAGGGGCUGUUGAUCUAGGGAAUUGGAUCUGUGCCCCGGUUCCCUGAAUUGUGUGGAUACCUUCCAUCCCCCCCACAUGCGCUGUAAAAUCCAACGGGUUUAGCGCUCUCCGUGAUAAUUAUAAUCCAAGGUGCCUCAAGGAAGGCAAUUGAGGAGCUUUUAAUCCAAGGAACUAAAUUUAGCUUCUCUUUCCUUGGAUCGAACCUGAAUGUCUCCCAUUCCCCAAGCGCUAUGAUUUCAGCAGGAUUAGCGCUUCCUUCUGAUUAAAAAAAAUAAUGUGGUAUAAACUGAAGACAUAAUGAAGAGCUGGCCAUAAGAUAUUUCCCUCCCGGUAUCGCUUGGAAGUACUUCCUCACUCGAGGAAGGUGAUGCAAAAUAAAAAUGAUAACACUCAUCACCAAACCUUAUUAAGAUAAGGUGAAGCUGUCUAAGAUGGGGUGGACUGAGGUAAGGAUUCAUUAGCGCAGAAUUUCGAGGGCACCCCUAAGAGGUGUGAAAACAAAAUUUUUUAUCUCGUAUUUGUCUUCAAAGAAUCAUUCAUAACAGCUAGCAGAUGGAAAUGUAAACGUGAUGCAACAUGUGGGAGUCUGAGAGGGCCGAGUGUGAGUGUGGUGCACGGUAACCCGCGCACCAGUGUUGUGGAGGCAGCCAGAGGGGUAACACACACCACUUAGCUCCUUCACACUAUACCACGGGGGAGGCCCUUCUCACUCUCGCUUUCAGCACCACCUGCGAGGUUAUCACCUUUAAAAUUACUCAGUGUAAAUUUAACUUCUGCUCAAUCUGUGAUGUUAAGAAACGAAACAUUGACUAGAAAUUUGGCAAAAAUAUCUUAUAGUGUUGUGUUAGAAAGACCUUGCAAACGUCAUAAGCAUGAUCUCACCUGGCGACAGUGACAUUGUGAGCCAGGAAUGGGAAAACCACCAGCAAGAUGGAGCAGGGGUUAUCCUGGGUCAGGUGGGCAGGGAGAUCACACACACAGCCUUAAACAAUCUUAUAAAUAAUGUGAUGCCACACACGGUCUUGGACUCCUCCGUCACAUCCUCACUACAACUGGACCUGCAGAUAGCCGCCUCCUGGUCACAUGAUCACCAUCAGGAACUAUGGAAUGUAGUGGAUGAAUUAUUAAUGAAUACAAGUGAGGAGAAUGCUUCCGAAAAUCUGGUGGGCGGUGGACCAGAGGGAGGAGCUACCUCUCCCGUCCAAAGUUCUCUUCCCUGCCCGUCACAACCACUACAAGAGUCUUUUAAUGGUGAGUCAGUCGGUGGGGCUCCCUCUUCGGCCUACAGCCCCCAUACCCGCUCAUCACCACUGCUGCCGCAGGAGUCUAAAGAGCCAUCAAGCUCACCCAGCACCCUCCGCCCUGAGUAUCUGACUGCAGAGUCUCGAUCUUCAGGGUGUUCCACCCCCAGGAGCCCUUGUGAUGUUCCCCGCACCUACGUCUGUGUACCCGAAGACCUACCUCUGGCCACACCUCGUAACCACAUUGGCUCUACCAUUCCUGACGAUUCACUAGUGAUACCUUCACACCAAGGCCGCACUUCUGAUCUGCUCAAAGCAACAUCUCCGGGCUACAAUUACAAUUGCUCAACGACGCCAGAUGACUUACUAGUGGCCCCACGUCCAUUCUACACACGAAAUUCUCCUAUACCCACGAAUCAGAACAACACUCAGGGAUUUGCCCAGGCCGCCACACCUCCCACUGGCCAGACAUAUUCUCCUCAGUAGUGGGGCCAAUCGCUACAUACUUUCCCAUCCCAUCCCGGUGGUUAAAUACCGACAAUAUGAGUAGUACAAAAUUAGAGGAAAACAAUUCUUUAUAAGACAAAGAUUUCCACCUCCGUGGCUUGUCUUG